AUGGAUGAUGACUUUCAGUGUGUCACCGUACAUGGACGGGUAUUCCAAAAGAUCUCGAUCGACAACGGUAUAUACUGCGUUCCGGUGGCCAACGACGAGCUCGAGGAAGAUAGGUUGACGGCUCAGCAUGAUGUGUUGUUCAAGCUGUUCGGAAAUGCUCUUUUCUCUCCCUAUAUGAGGAUCAGAGAUCCCCGAAAGAUACUGGAGUGUGGGUAUGGUGGUGGCGACUGGUCUGUACAGUGUGCCGAAGAGUUCGAAGACUGCGAGGUGACUGCCGUUGAUGUUUACCCCAUGCUUAUCGCGGACCAGCCAGACAAUCUCAAUCUUUGCGGCUACAACCUGAACGACCGCCUCAACGAUCCUGAAGUCUUCCAAGCUAGAGCCUACGACCUUAUUCACUCUCGCUGCAUCGGUGCGGGUAUCAAGAGCAACAGGUGGACAUCGUACAUCCGAGAUAUGAAGCUGCUACUCCGGCUAAAUGGAUGGAUUCAAAUUGUUGAGUACUACCUUAACAUUCAGUCGAGCAGCGGGAGAUUGACGGAUCAGUCGGCGGUAAGAAGAUGGUGGCUGGCAUAUGCAGAGGCCAUGAGUCGAAUGAAUCGCGAUCCCAGGAUUGGCACUCAGCUACAGAGUCUCUUCAACGAAGCAAGUUUGAGAGACGUUCGAGUCGAAACUAUACAGCUGCCGAUUGGCGACUGGGAAGCAGGUGAUUGGUACCCCGUGCUAACAACCUUGGCAGAUCCAGUCAAAUCCAGUGUCGGUAGAGACACCGUUGGGAUGAUGGGCGAUCUUCUCGAGUCGCUCAGCCUCUGGCCCUUGACACAGCAACUCAACUGGACAGCCGCACAGUUCACUCGACUCAUUAAUGAAGUUCGCACAGAAUUGCAGAACAACGAGCUGAAGUUGUAUGUUCCCGUGUAA